GGGACCGAAACGAUUCGACAAAGUUCACAUUUCCAAAACUGAAAGCGUGUCCCCCCGUACUCUACCGAUUUCAGGUCAGAGGAUGACGACGACGGCGACGAGGAGAUGGUGGAAGCGGCGCGACGGCAGCGACGACGCCGACGACCUCGUCCCCAUGGACACCCAAGAGCAGGAGGAGCUGGUCCGGUCGCUGGAGCAGAAGCAGGCGCACCACAGCCGCCGUUGGAGGCGCGUCUUUGCGGGGUUCCUCCUCGGCUACGCCGCCUUCCUCGUCUACUCCAGCUUCCACCAUGCCUGGUCUCCCUGGGAACUGCGAUACCAUGCUUACUUUAUGGAAGAUUUGCCUUCACCGAUGGUCAUAUUUUCAGAUUGGAUAGCUGCCCUUGGAUGCUUAUUAGCAGUUAAGGGGCUACUACAAGAAUCGAAUUCUUCCAAGAGGUGGAUGUGGUAUUCAUUGUAUGUCGGCAUGGCAGUUUCCAUCUUCUGGACAUACUACCUCUUGAAGUUACCAAGGAUCCGAUGGGAUGUUGUGUGGCUCCCGCUUGGCCCUUUGAUUGCUUCUGUGUUGAGCCUCUACGUGGACCAUACACUUGUGAAGUCAAUGCAAGAUAUCAGCACAUUGAGGAGCUAUAUGUACAACUUCAAGUCCCUGUAACUUUGAGCACAUGUCUGUCUAGAUCUUGCACUUAGUUGUACAUCGGAUAGGUUGAAUCCUAUCGGUUUUUGCCGUCUUCUCUGUUCUUGCCUUGUGUCAUUGUCAAGGCAAAAUUCUAAAUAGUCUAGUUGCGUCAGCCUAGCAGAGUCUUGGCUCUGGUGGUUAGGUCCCUUGUGGUGGAACCAGCCCACCCAGGUUCAAGUCCUAGACUUGACAUGGGUGUUUGCAUUUACCUGGAUUUAUUCCAGAAUUUAACCGGCGCUAUGCUUUCAGUGGUAGGUGACGUGCCCGUCAACAGCGAGGCGCCAGUGGUGACUUCGUCAACCUCAAGAUAUGCCGGCUCAGUCCCUCGGAGGUGCUCAUAGGGGUAGGGUGUGCGUGCGUGCGUUCAUAGGGGUGUUUGUACGUGCGUGUUUGUGAGCGUCUGCGUUGUACUGUUCUCAAAAAAAAAAAAAAAAAGAGUCUUUCACGUACUUACGAAUUAUCAGGUCACCUCACUAUACGGAAUGCUGAUACGAAUCAUGUACCUUUCGGUUAUGUUGUUACCCAGCUUACUUUUCAUCGA